GGAGGCUUUUGGGAUGCGCCUGUUACACCGUAACGUCUUACUAGGGGGGGUGGUCACUGUAACACUGCACGAAACAGCGUGCCGAUCGCAAGGUGCUCUCAGGCCGGCCCGGGGAGUGACAGGCACGUCUGCCACAUGCUAUCGCGCAGUAUCGCAUCGCAUUGUGUCUCAGCGCAUCGUAAUCCCCUAACCUUUAGACAUGUCCGACUCGGAGGAUAUGACAGAAUUCGGAUCGAUAGUGGAGCGGAUAACAAAGGGCGAGGUUCCGAUCAGGAACAUUGAGCGGGAGCUCAUCUGCCCCAUAUGUAAGGAGCUGUUCACCCACCCGCUGAUCCUGCCCUGCCAGCAUAGCGUUUGUCACAAGUGCGUUAAAGAGCUGCUGCUCAUCAACCAUGAGGACUCCAUCAGCACGGACGCCGGCUCCGAGUCCUCCAACCCCGGUAGCCCUCGCUCCCGAGUUCCCUCUCCCAGCAUGGAGAGGCUGGACCGGCUCGUGCGAUCAGCCUCCCUGAGGAGGUCAUUCGGGAAGCGAGGUUCGACGGCCUCGCCCGGCUGGCGGCGCUCCUCGCUCUCGGUCACGCCCCGCAUCACCACCUUCCCGUGCCCGGGCUGCCAGCACGACAUCGAUCUGGGCGAGCGCGGCAUCAGCAUGCUCUUCCGCAACUUCACGCUGGAGAGCAUCGUGGAACGCUACCGACAGGCGGCCCGCGCCGCCGUGGCCAUCAUGUGCAGCGCAUGCAAGCCGCCGGCGCAGGAGGCCACCAAGAGCUGCAUGGACUGCAAGGCUAGCUACUGCAAUGAGUGCUUCAAGAUGAACCACCCCUGGGGCACACCCAAGGCCCAGCACGAGUACGUGGGCCCCACGCUCAACUUCCGCCCCAAGGUGCUGAUGUGCCCAGAGCACGAGAUGGAGAAAGUCAACAUGUACUGCGAGGUCUGUCGCCGUCCCGUGUGUCACCUGUGCAAGUUGGGCGGCUCCCAUGCCAACCACAAGGUCACCUCCAUGAGCAACGCCUACAAGAUCCUCAAGGAGAAGCUCUCAAAAAGUAUCCAUUACCUAAUCAGCAAGGAGGACCAAGUGCGGGCUCAGAUUUCAGCGCUGGACGUGCUGAUCAAUCAAACGGAGGACAAUGGUGAGCUGGCAGAGAGGCAGGUCAACGAGCACUUUGAGCGUCUCUUCAGCAUCCUGCAGGACAGGAGGGCGGAGAUGUUGCAGUCGAUCACGCAGUCCAAGACCCAGCGUGUGGAGAAGCUGAGGGCCCAGGUGGAGGAGUACCAGGGCAUGCUGGAGAACAGCGGGCUGGUGGGUUACGCCCAGGAGGUGCUGAAAGAGACCGACCAGUCCUGCUUCGUCCAGACUGCCAAGCAGCUUCAUACCCGCAUUCAAAAGGCCACAGAGUCUGUGAAGACGUUCCACCCGUCAGCUGACCCCACCUUCACGGACUUUGUGCUGGAUGUGUCCAAGGAGGAGUCCCUCCUGAAGGAGCUCUGCUUUGGCAACGCGGUGCCCCAGCCCCCCAUCAUCGACAGGUCCCAGAGCUGUCUCUACAACAAGGGCCUGAUCUGCUGGCAGCUUCCGGGCAACUCGUCCCCGACGGACCGGCAGGAGCUGGAGUACCGGAAGGUGGUCGCCGGCGAGCGCGGUGAAGAGGCAGCUCGCUGGCAGAGCAGCGAAGGCGUCUAUGGCCCCAGUGCGGUGGUCUCCAACCUGGACAAUGACAGCGCGUACUCCUUCCGGGUCCGUACCUACCGGAGCGGCAUCUGCGGCCCCUUCAGCCCCGAGGUCACUUUCCACACCCCGCCAGCCCCCGUGUUCGGCUUCCUGUUCAACGAGAAAUGUGGCUUCAGCCCGGACCGGCUGGUGCUCAGCAAGCCGCGGGACUCUGUGGAGAGCGUGGCGGGCCUGCCCUUCCUGCUGGCGGCCGAGCGCGUGCAGGCGGGCACCUACGUCAGCCUGGACCACAUCAUCGGCGACACCGGCAUCUCCCAGGGCCGCCACUUCUGGGCGUUUCGGGUGGAGGCCAGCUCCUACAUGGUGAAGGUGGGCGUGGUCUCCGACUCCAAGCUACAGGAUUGGUUCCACAGCCCCCGCGACACCAGCAGCCCCAGGUAUGACCACGACAGCGGGCAUGACAGCGGCAGUGAGGACGCCUCCUACGAGGUCUCCCAGCCCUUCAUGCUGCUGGCGGUGGGCAUGGGCCGUCUGUUCAUCCCCAAGGCCGCUGGUGACCCCGGCAACCGCAUGCUGGCCAUGCCGCGGCGCGUGGGCGUGUGCCUGGACUACGAGCAGAGCCGCGUCUCCUUCUACGACGCCGACACCAUGAGGUGCCUGUACGAGAGGCAGGUGGAGUGCUCGGGCAUCAUGUACCCCGCAUUCGGCCUGAUGGGUGGGGGCGCCGUGCACCUCGACAAGCUGGUCGCAGACCGCCGGCUGAAGUACCCGAUGGCAGACCACUAGAGGGCGCCAGUGUGACCCCCCCCCCCUCACCUACUUGCCUGUCUUUGCCGUCGUCUCCUGAGGUGCUGUGGCGAGAUGAGCGGGAAGGGGGCGGUCUGUGGCGGUUGGUUGUCUGUCUGCUCUGUAUUUUAAUCUCUGCGUUCAGCUGUAUGGAUGUGAAACAUCUCUAAUGUAGCGUCUGGUCGGGCCGGACGGUGUGAUGUUUAACCUGGAGUACGAUCACUGCUGUGCCUUCCAGCCCUGAGCAGAUGGUGGAUCCUUGGGGUCACCUUAUGUUCAGGUUUCUUUCAGUGCACCUUGCAGUAAGAGGCCUUCACUGCGGCAUCCCUGCCCACCACCCUGACGGGACAAACAGAUCCUGGCCUGCACCCUCAUAAGAAUGACGUACAUGACUUUAAUCUCCUCCCCCCCAUCCAAAAAAAAAAACAGCUGAACGGAAGCCCUGACUUUCAGUUGCUUCGCCCAGUUUGCAAUGUUCAUGUGAAAUAAAACUGAUUUUAAAAGCGUUUGUAAAUCUUCCAGAUGGUGGUAGUUCGAGUUGUUCACUAGGAUCGUCACUUUGCACAUUGUAUUUGGUCACUGAUCGGUGUGGUGUUUUGUGGUCACAUGACACAAACGGAUCUGAGGGGUGUCCAAAUUCAGACUUCUGCACAUAGCACAUGACCACCCUGUCCUAUCACUACCUAAUUACCCAGAACACUAGAAUAACCCCUAUGUUUAGCUCCACAACUUAAAACACUUUGCAGCUUGAGUGCAAAUACACAAUGGAGGGUUUCUGAAGAGCAGCUGGAACGUACUUUGAGAGGUGCUGCGUUUAAUUAGGGCUGCUUGGUGGAUGAUUCUGACCCGGCAUGUAAGCCAUAUUACCAGUAACCAAACCUGUGAGGCUAGAGAUGUCUUCCCAUGAUGCACUGGGUAUCUGUGAGCAGAAGGUGCAGAAAUGAGACUUGGCUGUAAAUAUUUUAAAAUCUGUGUGUAAUCCUAGUCUCCCUGGUGCAUUGGCUGGAAGUACCAACUUCACUCCCAGAGUGUUUCCUUGGGACGUGGCAGGUCUGACUGUCCCUGCGGUGCUAGGCGCCUCUCCAGCAUGUGCACCUUACUGAAGGAGUGUCGCCAGGGAGACCGGGGGUGUUCCAGAAGUUCUCUGGCCCAGGUGGCUUGGGGGUGUGGUGGUAAGGGUGCCACAGGCCUGCAUGCAGAAGCUCAGGUUCCAGCCCUCGGGGGGGCUCUGCUGCCUACCUCCUAGCCCUGCUCUAACGCUGUAAUACACCUCUGCACAGUCUGUCUUUGACCUUUGACAGGCGUUACCCGUUUCUGCGAAACCAAACUCACGUAUUCUGGCACUGUUAAUGUCUGACCUACAUGAGGGCUCGUUGUGUUUUUCUGUUUUAUAAAAGCCGUUUUGUGACUGUUUAAAAUGUGAAAACUGCUCUGAAUUGUCACAUCCAUGUUUUGAUAGAUCACAGGGGAAAAGGGUCUCUUCUGUUAGACAUUCACAAAAUCUCUCAUCUCCUGCCUGGGAUGAUGAAUCUUUUUUGUGUUUGUCCCCUUUAAUGUGUUUAAAUGAUAUGGUUGUGGUGGCUAUUACUUUUUAAUCUUUUUUUUUUUUCGUCUAAAGAAUCAAGAUAACUGAGUGAUUUUUGCUUUCGUUUCUAUUGGUGUGAAAACAAACCAUUAAAUUUGCUUUUAACCCUUUUCAGUCCAGUCAGGAAUUCAGGCCAGUGACCGGUAUCUUUUCUGGUUUUCAAAAUGUGGGACUUUCAUAGAAUGUACCAUCAUGAUCUGGGGAGCAAACAGAAUGUACCACUGUCACUUCAUAGUCACUUUCUGUAGUUCUAUCAAUGUGAAAGGUGGGGUUCUUUUAUUAGCUGCUAUAUUUAGGCUGAUCUACAAACUGGUUCUAGAGUGAUUCUGACUGAAUGUAGGAAGGAUGUGUGUAAUUUUGAUGCUAGCACUUUAUGAGCAUGUGUUCCUUUGCCGUCAUGCAGAUCUGUGUGCAAUACUGCUGAGGUCACAGGGUGACCAGUGUCAUGGAUGUAGCUGCUUUCUGUCACUAAAGCUUUCUAUAUUGCUUGUCCUGUAGUCUUUCUGGAAACUACCUUUUUUUAAGUUGCUGUUUUUUUGGGUUUUAUAUAAAUAAACUACAAGUAUUCCUGU